AUCAAGGAGUGGCUCAAACAGGUUUAUCUAUACCUGGACGAUGUCAUUGACGAGCAGCUCCACAUAAAGCUGUCUCUGUCAUACCUCGAAGGAGAUGCCCAUGACUACAUGGACAACUACUACACUUUGGUCCAAAAUCAACAGCCACUCGGGAUGUGGGCUGACUUUGUCAACCAGCUCACAGUAUCAUAUGACACCAAGGACAAGCCGCGAGAGGCACAGCUUGAGGUUGAACGCCUCACAAAGACUCCCUGGACAGACAUGUCCAAAUUUGCCAAAAAGUUCAAGAAGUGGGCUAACAAGUCCAAGCUAUCCAACAUGGAUCUCAUUAAGAAGAUCUGCCGCAUCAUGCCUGAGAAGAUCCUGCAAGUACAUGUGGAAACAGAUGAGGCGCAGUGGCCUACCACAUGGGAGGCUUACCUCGACUGGGACUUGGAUAUU